GACUUGAGCAAUAACAGGAAACGCCGAAGUUUUGGGGGGUUCAUAUAGCUAGUUAAAACGUCAGUCGUUACUGUAGUUGGAAUGCCAGUGAAGUAUUUGUGACAGUAAGAGGGAUGGGGCUCUUAUCAGAAAGAAGCUGUUUAUUUUUCCUCUUCAUAAUUUUGACAGAGGGACAUUAUACAUGGGUUCAAGCCCAGCACUGUGUUUGGUACGGUGAGUGUGGUGACUCUGACAAGGUCCCGGGGAAGAAGUACAACUGCAACUAUACAGGACCACCCAUCCCACUUCCAGCAGAGGGCCAUGAGCUGCUCACGGAGCUGUGUCCAGGCUAUGACUAUGGGAACCAGAGUCUGUGCUGUGAUGUCCAGCAGCUCCAGACUCUGAAAGGGAGCCUUCAGUUACCCCUACAGUUCCUCUCUCGAUGCCCAGCCUGUUUCUUCAACCUGAUGAACCUGUUCUGUGAGCUAACCUGCAGCCCCCUCCAGAGUCUCUUUAUGAAUGGAACCCAGUUCACUAAUGACACAGCUGCCAACAAGACCAAUGUGGUGGAAGUCCAGUACUACAUUGGACAAACAUUUGCCAAUGCCAUGUACAAUGCUUGUCAGGAUGUCCAGGCUCCCUCCAGUAAUGUGAAGGCCUUGUCACUGCUCUGUGGGAAAGAUGCCAGUGACUGCAACGCCACCAACUGGAUCGAGUACAUGUUCGACAUCAACAACGGACAGAGUCCCUUCACCAUCAUCCCUAUAUUCUCAGACGUGUCAGUAUCCGGUAUGAGCCCCAUGAACAACAAGACAUACGACUGUACGGAGGGUCUGGAGGAUGGCUCUGGUCCCUGCUCCUGCCAGGACUGUAGCCCGGCCUGUGGCCCCCAGCCUGUCCCCCCUCCCCUGCCCCCACCAUGGACCAUCCUGGGCAUCGGCGCUAUGGUCCUCAUCAUGUGGAUCUCCUACAUGGCCUUCCUCCUUGUCUUCAUGGGAACCGUGAUUGGCACCUGGUGCUACAGAAAAAGGAGAAUAGAGUCUGAGUAUGGCCCAAUAUUGGACAGCAAUAACCCUCACUCUCUGAACAAUGACAGCAUUGAUCAAGUGGAUGCGUCGUGUGGCGAGACGUUGGGCGAGCACUUCGAGAACGCCCUGCGUUACCUCUUUACCCGCUGGGGCUCGUUUUGCGUACGGCAGCCCCUCAUGGUCAUCCUGGGCAGCCUGAUCAUAGUGGCUACCUGCUCAGGGGGCCUGGUCUACAUGAAAAUCACCACAGACCCUGUGGAGCUGUGGUCCUCGCCCAGCAGCCAGGCUAGGCAGGAGAAGGACUACUUUGACAGCCACUUUGGACCCUUCUUCAGGGCAGAGCAGCUCAUCAUCACCACCACAUUGCAGUCAGAAUCCUCCUACUCCCCGUACCCCGCGGGGGCACCCGUGCCCUUCGGAGCCCCCCUGGACAAGGACGUCCUCCACCAGGUGUUGGAUCUCCAGACGGACAUAGAGAACAUAGUGGCCUCAUACGGGGACCAGAAGGUGACCCUAAAGGAUAUCUGCUUGGCCCCACUGGCCCCAUACAACGACAACUGUACCAUCCUCAGUGUUCUCAACUACUUCCAGAACAGUCACAAACAGCUGGACCAUAGCAUAGGAGAUGAAUUCUACGUCUACGCAGACUACCACACACACUUCCUCUACUGUGUCAGUGCCCCAGCAUCCCUCAAUGACACCAGUCUGCUCCACGAUCCCUGCCUGGGCACCUACGGAGGCCCCAUCUUCCCCUGGCUGGUCCUGGGAGGCUAUGAUGCAACCAACUACAACAAUGCCACAGCUCUAGUGAUCACGUUCCCUGUCAACAACUACCAUAACGACACUGUCAAGCUGGGGAAAGCUCUGGCCUGGGAAAAAGAAUUCAUCAGAUUCCUGAAGAACUAUACAAACCCCAACCUGACCAUCUCCUUCAACUCUGAGAGGAGCAUUGAGGACGAGAUCAACCGUGAGAGCGAAAGUGACCUCAGCACUGUCGUGGUCAGCUAUGCUAUAAUGUUCGUCUACAUCUCCCUGGCGCUAGGACAUAUCCACAGCUUCAGGAGAGUAUUGGUGGACUCUAAGAUCUCCCUGGGCAUAGCGGGCAUUGUGAUCGUGCUGAGCUCAGUGGCCUGCUCUCUGGGCAUCUUCAGCUACGCUGGCAUCCCUCUCACACUCAUCGUCAUCGAGGUCAUCCCCUUCCUGGUGUUGGCCGUGGGCGUCGACAACAUCUUCAUCAUUGUACAGACAUACCAGAGGGAUGAGCGGAUGCCUCAUGAAGAGCUGCACCAGCAGAUAGGCCGUAUCCUAGGAGACGUGGCUCCAAGCAUGUUCCUCUCCUCCUUCUCUGAGACCGUGGCUUUCUUCCUGGGGGCCCUGUCCACUAUGCCAGCGGUGCGGACCUUCUCCCUGUUUGCUGCGUUAGCUGUGUUCAUUGACUUUCUGCUACAGAUCAGCUGCUUUGUCAGCCUGCUGGGCCUGGAUGCCAAGCGACAGGAGGAGAAUCGUCUGGACAUUAUGUGCUGUGUGAAGCUGCCAGAGGGGAAGGAGGGGAAGACUGAUGGCUUCCUCUUCCGCUUCUUCAAGAAUGUCUACGCCCCCUUCAUCCUCAAGGAGUGGGUCAGACCCAUAGUGGUGGCUUUGUUUGUGGGGCUGCUGUCCUUCAGUAUUGCUGUCACCAAUAAGGUAGAGAUUGGACUGGACCAGAAGCUCUCCAUGCCUGAUGACUCGUACGUGCUGGACUACUUUAAGAACCUGAGUACGUACCUCCACACGGGUCCUCCGGUCUACUUCGUGGUGGAGGAUGGCCAUGACUACCUGAGUCUGGAGGGCCAGAACUCUGUGUGUGGAGGGGUGGGCUGCAACAAUAACUCCCUGAUCCAACAGGUCUACACAGCAUCUCUCAUUAGCAACUACACCACUAUAGGAUUCAACCCGUCGUCGUGGCUGGAUGAUUACUUUGACUGGGUCAAGCCUCAGUCCACCUGUUGUAGAUAUUACAACUCUUCUGGGGCCUUCUGCAAUGCCUCAGUGGUGGACACGUCGUGUGUGCAUUGCCGCCCCAUGACCCCCAGUGGGAAGCUGAGGCCUACGGAACAGAUCUUCAUGAACUUCCUCCCCAUGUUCCUGUCAGACAACCCUAACGUCAAGUGUGGGAAAGGUGGUCAUGCGGCCUACAGUUCAGCGGUGGUUCUGAAGGAGAACGCCACGUCUGUGGGGGCCACCUACUUCAUGACCUACCACACCAUCCUCAAGGACUCACCUGACUUUAUAGACGCCAUGAAGAUGGCCCGUGUGCUGGCUGACAACAUCACAACCGCCAUGGGACACACAGUCUUCCCCUACAGUGUGUUCUACGUGUUCUAUGAGCAGUACCUCACCAUAGCCUACGACACGGUCUUCCAGCUGGGCGUGUCGCUGGCGGCCAUUUUUGUGGUUACCACGGUGCUGCUGGGCUUUGAGCUGUGGUCAGGAGUGCUGGUCAGCAUCACCAUCGCCAUGAUCCUGGUCAACAUGUUCGGGGUCAUGUGGCUCUGGGACAUCAGCCUCAAUGCUGUGUCCCUCGUCAACCUUGUCAUGAGCUGUGGUAUCUCUGUGGAGUUCUGCAGUCACAUAGUGAGGGCCUUCUCCAUCAGUGUGAAGAGUACCAGGGUGGAGAGGGCUGAGGAGGCUCUGGCCCACAUGGGCAGCUCAGUGUUCAGUGGCAUCACUUUGACUAAGUUUGGAGGCAUCCUGAUCCUGGCUCUGUCCAAGUCCCAGAUCUUCCAGAUCUUCUACUUCCGCAUGUACCUGGCCAUGGUGCUGCUGGGGGCCACGCACGGACUCAUCUUCCUCCCUGUGCUGCUCAGCUAUGCAGGUCCUUCGGUGAACAAGGCCAAGGUGUUUGCAACCAACAAACGCUACGCCGGCACAGAAAGGGAACGCCUCCUCAACUUCUAGAGACAGGACAAUGGUAUGAACCAACUAACCAGUCUGUCUGGUCUGGGAGAGACUGUGUGGGGUGACUCA